CCACCCCCAAAAACCAGGGCCACAAGCUAUUCUUACCUGACUGAGCAAGUCACACACACACAUACUCAUCUCCCGAAUUUUGCUGUUUCUUUUCUCACAUCUCAUGACAAUAUUUCACAAAAACUUCCAACACCAUUAUCAUCAUCAUCAUCAGGUGAUUUUGGACGAUCACUCUCUAGAAAAACAAGGAGAAACGACAUUUUUAACUUAUGUCAAAUGUCCAAAUCUAAAUAUAACCAUGAUGAGUUUAACUUCAUCACUUUCAUCUCUCUUUUCUUAAUCUCUUCUUCUAUUCUUUCUCCUUAUCUCCCUUUCGCUUUCGCCGCUUCGUCUUCUUCUUCUUCUUCCUUUGAUCUUCAUAGACGUGAUCCUUUGCAACAUUUUAAGUAUUAUCAUGGUGGUUUUGAUCUUCAAAACAAACAUUACUGGGCAUCAGCCAUUUUUACCGGAGUUCAUGGAUAUGCAAUGGCGGGAGUAUGGAUGUUGUGUGGAUUGGGAUUUGGAAUUUUUCUGAUUACUAAGAAUUGUUGCAACAGUCAUUCUUCUUCUUCAUCUUCAGUUAAUCAUACAAAUUAUUCGAGUUUCUCAGAUUAUUUGGUGUUAAUACUGAUUCUUUUAUUCUCGAUUCUUGCCUUGAUUGCCACAGGUUUCGUGAUGGCAGAAAAUCACAAGACUCUUGAAGCAACAAAGAAAGUGAAAGAAACUAUGCUAGGAGCAGGUAAUGAGGCUCGCAGAACAAUCCACAAAAUAAACAAAGUAAUCAACAACAUCAUACCUCUCCUAAGUCCUUAUGAUCAAAGCACUUCGUUUCUAUUGAAUACCACAAGUCAACAACUUGGAACAGAGUCUCUCAGCAUCAAAAAAUUUAUCCAGAAGAAUGACCAUUCCAUUGAUCAAGCUAUACGAGCUUUGUACAUAACAAACCUUGUAGUCGUGACAUUGAACUUGUCAAUUUCGGUUGCUGGUCUAGUUCUCAUCUUGCUACACUGGCAUCCGGGAUUCAUCAUAAUUAUUUUCUUAUGCUGGAUAUUAACAAUGGCAUUUUGGUUUCUAACUGGAAUUGAUUUCUUUUUUCACAAUUUUGCAGAAGAUACCUGUAUAGCACUUCAAGACUUCAAAGACAACCCCGUAAAUAGCAGCUUAAGCACGUUACUACCUUGUGCAGAUGCAUUAAAAUCACAAACUGUCAUCGUCGUAAUUGGCCAAACCGUUCACGAUUUUAUUACACAGUUGAAUUUGAACAUAAAUAUUAUCCCAAAGGAGCUUGGGUUAGACGAAGCAUAUUAUGUUAACGUGCUUGACGAUAGAAAGAUUUGUGACCCGUUUGCUGGUCCACCAAACUACGAAUACCGAACUGGAAGAUGUCCCAAGCGUGCAAUAGCAAUUCGUGAUUUGCCAGAUAUUCUUGCAAGAUUUACUUGUGACGACAAUGAUACAUCCUUCGAAUCUUGUAAAGGCAAGGGAAAGUUCCUUCCAAAACCCACUUACUUGAUGGCAUAUGCCUACAUUCGAUCAAUUGAGUACUUAACUAAUGUAUUUCCUGAUUUGGAGGAUCUUAUUCAUUGUUCAUUUGUCAAAAAUCGGAUAUCGGAUGUGGUUUUGCACCAAUGCAAGCCAUUUAAGGUGUCAACAUAUGGUUUAUGGAAGUCCAUACUUUGUUUAUCAAUAACAAUGGUCAUAUUGGUCUUACUUUGGGUGGCUAAAGCCUACCAAGAUCAUGGAAGAUGCUUCUCCAAGUGUUAUUCUAUCACUACGAGGCACCAAGAGGUCCAAGAACCUUAAAGGACUAGCCAUGCAUGCACGUCGAAACAUGCUUUAAUCGAGUUAUGCUAUUCCACCUCUUACCUAUACAUAUUAUACUUCUAAUUGACAUAGAGAAUGCAAAAGUUCAAAAUGAGGGAUUUUGAUGAGGAAGAGAAGAAGCGAGCUCUUGUACAAUAAGCUUAGAGGUUGAUAUUCUUACAAACAUAUAUACAUUUAUUAGUUGAUUGUUUUUCUAACUUAGAUCAUAUUUGUAAUUAAUUUUGCAAGAAAUUAAACAAAGAGUGAAGAAUAAGGAAAAAAAAAGGAGGGGUAUACUGACAAAUGUACAUAUAUAGCUAUUGAUAUUGAAAUAAAAAAAGUCGAGAAAAUUGCUUA